CACUUUGUGGUACAACAAGUUGUCAGCUUUGUCAACGCUUGGCAUCGCUGCUGCGUCUCACCGGCCAAGAGAGUGCGCUGUAAUUAAAGUGAAAGAAGCGCACAACAGCGUCGAGCGCAGCUUAAAGAAAUCACGGCUCCCUGUUGAAUACGAAAUGAAAAAUAUGCACAGUCGGUUUUUAAGCGUCAAACGUAACAAACGGUUUCGUAGAAAUAGAAAUAGUUCAGUCGCCAAAAAGGUUAGCUUGUGAAAUACAUUUGAAUAUCGUUCGGCUAAACGGUGAACAGAAUGUUAAUAAAUUUGAAAUUGUUAACAUUUGUUGGGGCAGUGCUGCUCAUCUGUGGACCCAUGCCGCUGCAUGGAGCACGACGCAAGACCACUCCCAUCAAUGAGGAACAAGAACAAACUCUCAAACAGUCGCAGAGUACCUUUGUCGAAUGGGUACUGUCGUUGGUGCCUCAGAGGCCUAGCUUGGACCCAUUAACAGGAUUUCUGGGAAUAGCAACAACAACUACAACCACUGCAGCUCCACACAGAACAACAGCAGCUGCUGAAGUUACCAGCACCACCACCGAGAGAGUGACAACUGCUGCACCAUCACCUUCAACGACUGUCAGCACUUCGACAACAACAACUACUACUGCAGCACCCCCAUCUACCACCCCCACACCUCCGCCAGUACUCAAUCCACCACGCAAUUGCUCGGACUGUGUCUGUGGCAUUGCCAACACUCAGAAACGUAUUGUGGGUGGUCAAGAAACCGAGGUCCAUCAAUAUCCCUGGAUGGCCCAGCUUCUCUAUGGCGGACGUUUCUAUUGUGCUGGCUCCUUGAUUAAUGAUCAGUUUUUGGUCACUGCCUCCCACUGCGUCUAUGGUUUUCGCAAGGAACGUAUUAGUGUUCGUCUGUUGGAGCAUGAUCGUAAUGCAUCACAUUUCCAGAAAAUCGAUCGUAAGGUUGAAGAGAUCACCACCCAUCCAAAGUAUAAUGCUCGAACCUAUGACAAUGAUAUUGCCAUCAUUAAAUUGAAUGAACCUGUGGAGAUGACUGAUUUGUUGCAUCCCGUCUGUAUGCCUACCCCGGGAAAAUCGUUUAAGGGUGAAACGGGCACUGUGACCGGUUGGGGUGCCCUGAAAGUGGGUGGAUUUACUUCGAACACGUUGCAGGAAGUAAAAGUUCCCAUAAUGUCACAAGAUGAAUGUCGCAAAACACGCUAUGGCGCAUCACGUAUCACCGAUAAUAUGCUCUGUGCUGGCUAUCCUGAUGGCAUGAAGGACAGCUGCCAGGGGGAUAGUGGUGGACCAUUGCACAUUGUGGCCACUGGGACCAGGGAACACCAAUUGGCCGGUGUUGUGUCCUGGGGCGAGGGAUGUGCUAAGCCAGGCUACCCUGGUGUCUAUGCUCGUGUCAAUCGUUACGGCACCUGGAUAAAGACCCUAACCAAAAAUGCCUGUCUUUGUCACUCGGAGACGAAGAAAAUCAAAAAGUAAAGCCAGCCAUGAGAAGAUAAACGGAUUUAUUUUUUAUUUAUAAAAUUAACCUAUUUGUAUUUUAUUUAUUGCUAUUUAUUAUUAUUAUUAAUUAAGUUGAAAAUGAAAUAAACACUUAUCUGCUAGUGCCAACAUUUAUCUGUGCCAGAGAGCAA